AUGGGCACUAAUGCUGAGUUCAAUCUUCGAUUUACGAAAAAAAUGAUCGAAAGGGAAGCAUCCGCAGCGGAGAAAAAGUACGAAGCAAGUCGAAAGAAGGCCUUGGAUGCACUGAAGAAGUCAGGUGAUGUAGAAACAGCCCGUAUCUACGCGGAAACAGCCGUUCAAAAUCGAUCAGCACAUAAUCAAUUUCUUAUAAUGGCAUCGCGUAUCGAUAGUGUUAUUGCUAAAAUUCAACAAGCAAAUGCGCAAAAUGUGAUGGUGAAGAAUAUGAAACAAGUUAACAAAAUGCUCGAACAUGUAAAUAAAGAUAUGAAUGCAUCGGAGUUGGCUAAAGUGAUGGAGAAAUUCGAACAAGCAUUCGAAGAUUUCGAUGUGAAAGAACAAGUUAUGAGUAAUGCCAUGAAUCAAGCUAUGGCAACGAGUUCACCAACGGAAGCUGUACAUGAUCUUUUACGGCAAAUUGCUGACGAGAAUAAUUUGGAAAUUCGGGAACAACUCGAUGCCAUUCCAAAUAUUCAACACACGAUACAAACACCAGCACAACAGGAAGCUGCUGCACAAAGCAAUCGUUUGGCUGCUCUUCGUCAUGCACAAUAA